AUGGAGCGGGCUCCAAACGUGCUUCUCCUCUGCAUCUUCACCUUUGCCAUGGUCCUGGUUCCUGAAGCAAAGGACCAAAGCAAGGCAGCAAAGGGCAGGAGAAGGGGCCCAACCCGGCCCCCCACGGCCACUCCUGCCCUGGCCUGGGCCCCAGCCAACUCCUACAGCUCCAUGGAAGACUACGAGCACAGCAUUCAGGACAUGGUGCACCAGCUGAGAAACAGCUCUGAGCCAGGAGACACCAAGUGCCAGGUCAACCUGAGGCUUUGGAGGUCCAACCGCAGGAGCUUGUCUCCCUGGGCCUACAGCAUAAACCAUGAUGCAAUGCGGAUCCCAGCAGACAUCCCCGAGGCCCGAUGCCUCUGUGCUGGCUGCAUCAACCCCUUCACCAUGCAAGAGGACCGCACCAUGGCCAGCAUUCCCAUCUACAGCCAGCUGCCCGUCCGCCGGCUGCUCUGCCAGGUGCCAGGCGAGGUCGGGCACAAGCCCUCUGGGAAGAAGAAGUGUCCCAAGAAGUACCAGACAGUGAUGGAGACCAUUGCUGUGGGCUGCACCUGCAUCUUCUGA